AUGAUUAGCUGCAUGCAUCUUUUGAGGUUGAUGACCAAAAUAAGAAGCGGAGUAUGAAAAUUAAAAUAUUUAGAAAGGUCACAAAAACACAUAAGAAGGUUAGGGAAAAGGGAAGGAGUAACUGCAACAACUAGAGAUGGAGGGGUUUACCGAACCCAACCCACAUCCAUGUAUAAUGAGUCCCAAUGUUGAUAUGAAAUGACCAAUAUCUUCCUACUCUAAGGGCCCCAUCGCCAACAAGACACGUUAACCGUACGCGCAACUAAACGACAUCGUCGCUUAAGGUUCAGUGGUAGCAGACAAGAGCUCGGAGAAAGCACGCGUUGUCUGAGGAGCGUAUGCAUUAUGAUCCUCACUUAAACCACGUAAGUAAUAUGGUUAUGUUACAGGUCAGAAGUUGGAGCUUUAAAACCCCGUCUUGUCUCAACCGUUCCAGAAUAAGGAAGCAACUCAACUGUCUUCCAAAUCAACAGCAAUAAGCUUCUCAUUCAUGGCUGCUAUUCAUGAUGAUGGUGAAGUUGGUUUUGAAGAAGGAAUGCUCUUGUUACCCUCUCAUGUUCUCCACGAAGCAUGCGGCACUAAGGUGUGUAUGAGGAACCGUCAGCAAAUGCAUCAGCACCGUCAUCACAAAUCAACUGGAGAACCAAAAUCACAGAACUCAAAAUCUACCUCAAGAUCUUCGUAUCAAAGGCCAAAACUUGCCAAUGGUGGACCUGGAAUGCGAGCUAUUUUCUUAGGAUCCGGGCCUAGAUCAUGUGGCACUGGCGUCUUCUUACCCCAAAGAGCAGGCACAAACUUCCAACCAAGCAAGAGGCCAGCUUGUGCUCCUGUUCUCCUUCCAGCCCGAGUUGUUCAAGCACUAAAUCUUAAUGUGCAUGCAUUAGGUGUGCAGAUUUCACCCCCGCAAGUUCAGAGAUAUAACCCAACAUGCAGAGCAGCAUACAGUAAUAAUUCAAUAGAAAAGAAAAGUGAUCAGAAGGAUGCGUCCAAGCAAUGUAGUUUUAUUUCUCAGAAUCAAAGCUCUUCUCCAGAGAUAUUUCUCCCAAAGGAAUGGACUUACUAGCUAGAUUUUUAUUUGGAAUUAAAUUUCAGAGGCACACAAAGGGGAGUUAACUUAGGACCGUACAUAUAAAUAAUAAUAUAAAAAAAUGAAAACCAUGCAUUAUGCCCAAAGCUGGAAUGGUAUAAAACUUUAAAUUUAUUGCUCGCUGCACUGUUAGAUUCUUUGAUCAUGUACAGGUAUAAUAGUAACCCAAGUCUCUUGUUUGUAAUUGCAUGUUUCAGUAUUAAUAUAAUUUUAAGUCUUGCCAUUGUUA